AUGACCACCACCACCAUGGUUAGAACCAAGAUGGUUGCCAUCGGCGGCCUCGGCUCGUGGAGAAGACGAGGGAUGCCCAGACCAAUCCGCAUUCCCACUGACAGUGAUGAGGAAGCCAUGGACAACCCACCACCCGUCCCCAACGACGCCGACAUAGGAACAACCGAGGGAACAAAGACCAGGCACUCCGACUCACUGAGCGUCCAGACAUAUCACCGGCGAAACAAGGCAACGACGAGUGCUCCACCACCAACCUCUCCAACAGUCGCGAUGGACACCCAGGGAGGCGAAACGCCUCAAGAAGACACCCCUUCUACCAGCCGUGGCCAGAAACGGCCAAGAACACCUUCACCACCACCACCGCCGAGCCUAGAGCAAGAACCAGAAACACCCAUUGAUACACACCCUGCAAGCCACGAAGAAGGCAAUCUGCCCAGUGAUUUGGCCAGACCAACACACCCAGAUCAUAUCAAAUAG